AUGAGAUACUCAGUCCUCGCUCUAUUUGCCUUGGCCUCCGCCGCUCUGGCUCAAGAAAGUACCAGGCAAGAUCCAGGCCCGUCUCCAACUGCUUCGGUUGGUUGUCACCCGCACGGGGAUCACUGGCACUGCGAUGGCCCAGCAUCGGUGUCGGAGACUGUCACUCCGGCAGUACCCAGCCCAACUGAAUCUGUAGGCUGCGAGCCGCACGGGGACCACUGGCAUUGCGACGGACCCGCUUCAACCGCCGCGGGUGCCACCACAACUGGCACCCAUUCUCAUACAGACAAGGCUGAUGCCACUGCAACUCCAACUAAGCCCAGUCCAACUGAAUCCGUCGGCUGUGAGCCUCACGGAGACCAUUGGCACUGUGAUGGUCCUGCGGAGACGGGGACCUCGACCUCAAGUGGCAGCAGCAGUGGCUCCGGUUCGACUGCAAGCAGCACAAGUACGGCUGCCACUGCUUCAGGGACAGGAUCAGGAGAGGAUAAUGCAGCCGGGAACGUGGGUGUUCGGCUUUCUGUUGUGUUCGGCUUGGCAAUGGGAGUGGCGGCACUGCAACUGUGA